CGGGGCUAGAGCCGACCCGAGAGCGGAAGAGGCUCGGGCAGCUGACUGAGGCGCCGCAAUUGUUCGGCGGCGAGUCUAGGCCCAGGCGCUGCCCAAAGCCCGGAACCGGAGAGAAGCCAAAACAGACGGAAAGACUUGGGGUUUCGGAGCAGUCGUCGCCGCCCUCGCCGCUUCUGCCGCCAUCGUCUCCGCCGCCGGAGUACACGGCCCUGAGAGGCCCCAGGCCUAGGCGCGGCCCGCGGAGCCCGACGUGUUGCUGCCGUGAGUAAAACCAGCGCCCUCUCCACCACCACCGUCGUUUACAAAUUAAAAUGGAGGAAAUUUCGUUGGCUAACCUGGAUACUAACAAGCUAGAGGCCAUCGCUCAGGAGAUAUAUGUAGAUCUGAUAGAGGAUUCUUGUUUGGGAUUCUGCUUUGAGGUGCAUCGGGCAGUGAAGUGUGGCUACUUCUACCUGGAGUUCGCAGAGACUGGUAGCGUGAAGGAUUUUGGCAUUCAGCCAGUGGAAGACAAAGGAGCAUGCCGCCUCCCGCUUUGCUCCCUUCCUGGAGAACCCGGGAAUGGGCCUGAUCAGCAGCUGCAGCGCUCACCUCCAGAAUUCCAGUAGCUGCAACAUGAGAGAGUCUUAGAGUGACCAGGACAAUAAUAUAGACUGGUCCUGUGGCUUGGAGGAGUAAGUUAAGUAGGGAAAAGAAAAAAAAAAAAAAAACAUACAAAAGUACCAGUUCCCCUUGAAGAUCCUAGCAUUUAAAACCCCAAAGUGGAGAAUUUAGAAAUUUGAAUCCUUUUUUAAGUGUACCUGGGAUCAGCUCUGAAACCCUGGGCAGGAGAAGGUGCAAGCCUGGG